UCCAGCAGCUGCAGAGCGAGGCGGAGCUGCAACUUUGUACGAACUUCCAAGUUGCAACUGCAUCGAGAUACUGGGACAAACUGGACUUUUACUGGGGAGGGGGGAAAAUCGAGGAUGUUAUGGAGAGAAGCGUAAGAUGAGCGGACUCCAGUCCAUAUUUUUAUAGGGUCGGACCGUUUGUUAGUGCAGAGGAGACGUAUAGGAUUUUGUGCACAGACAACAAAAAACGGCUGGAGAAGCAGAAAAAAGAUCCAUCAGAAAGGAUAAAAGAGCAAAGAUGAGCCUGGAUUGAGGCUUGAACCUUCCUGUGAGUUACACAACUGACCGAAUACUGGCAGAUACCACCAAGACUGCAGAGCGCUGUAUUUAGGAUAGAGGUUGGAGUUUUCAGUAGUGCUAUGGGACAAAUCCAGUGCCAGAGACUCAAAUAGUGAGCAGUUGCAAUAAAGGUGGGACAGACCGCAGCAUGCAGCAGUACCACACACAGGAUUGAGCUCACCUAGAGGAACGCCGCUUCAAUCUCUCUCCCCUUGAUAGUUGUGUGGCGGCCCAUGAUCUUGGGGAGCUGUGUGCAGAGGGCGUGGCCUUACCUGACUGGCAGACAUGGUCUCCUUCUGAACACCAGGCCAACUAGGGACCAUGACCAGCUUGAAGCGUUCACAGACUGAGCGGGCUGUGGGUGGGUCCGUCCCUGCCACCGAUGAAUUCUACACCCGGCGCCUGCGUCUACCAAACGGAGGGGCGCCACCCCCCCGCAGCGAGAGCGCCCACCUUUCAGGAUGCACCCCAGGGGUCCCCAAAAUGGGGGUACGGGCAAGGGUUGCCGACUGGCCCCCUCGGAAGGAUGGAGGAGUUUGGCAUGUGACUGUGGAAACGGAUUCGCCAAGUACUGCUGGUGGGGUUCAGAGCAGCUUGUCGGCCAAACUGGGUCACCUGAUGAGUCCACAGGAUUCGAACAUGCUGCGUAACAUCCAGAACACUCUGAAGAACAAAACUCAGAGUGGAAGCUCCAGCAGCACGGAUGGUCGCUUCCUUUCGCCUGACGGCUAUCUGGGCUCACCCCGCAAAGGCAUGCGCCGCAUUCGCCAGCGGAGCAACAGCGACAUCACCAUCAGCGAACUCGAUGGCAGUGGUGAUGGGGGGGAGGAAUGGGGUUCUUCUGGUUUUAAGUGGUCCCCCUUACACCGGGAGUAUGGCAGCACCUCUUCCAUAGACAAGCAUGGAGCCUCGGGCGAAAGCUUCUUUGACAUGCUGAAGGGCUACCAGGGAGACAAGCCAGACCAGCGCAGUCCAGCGCCUGAGAAGCUGGGAGAGCUGCUCACCGUGGCACAGAAACAGGCGAGUGGUUUUGACCUGCCAGAUGGGCCCAUGUCAUCUGGGGCACAACGGGGGAGCCCGUCGAGCAGGCUGAAGGACCGCGAAAAGCCCCUGAAGAGGCGCUCCAAGUCGGAGACGGGGGGCGACUCGAUAUUCCGUAAGCUGCGGAGCGUCAGGGCUGAAGGCGAUUCUUCUCGGGCAGGCUCUGAUGUGGAGGAUGGGAGGUCGGAUGAUGGCGGCCCUCCUCCAAAGCCGUGGACUUGCCAGAAAGGGUUUGCCCACUAUGACGUCCAGAGCAUCUUGUUUGAUCUGAAUGAGGCAGUGCAGAACAGGCAGACUGCUGUCAAGCGCCGAAAUACCACGACCGGCGCCUCUGCUGCUGCGGCCGCAGCCUCCACAUCUUCUUCCCUUUCCUCGGGCCAGAGUGGGGCCUACAGCUCCCCCUCUGGCAGCCAGGAGGAGCUCAACUCCAAGGAUAACCCCAGUCUGGACCCGGGGGAUGACAAGAGCAAUGAUCUGGUGCUGAGCUGCCCCUGCUUCCGCAAUGAGAUUGGAGGAGAGGGUGAACGCAAGAUAAGCUUGUCCAAACUGGGCACUAUCGGAAGUGGGGGAGCAACGGGCAGCAGUGGAGGGGAGCCUAGCCCCUUUGAGUCCUCUCUUAGCUCCCACUGCACUAAUGCUGGAGUUGCAGUGCUGGAGGUGCCCAAGGAUAGCCAGUCACUACACAAUGACCGGGUCAAGAGAUACAUUGUAGAGCAUGUUGACCUUGGCUGCUACUACUACAGGAAGUUCUUCUAUCUGAGAGAGCACUGGAAUUACUUUGGGGUGGAUGAGAGUAUUGGGCCAGUGGCCGUGAGUCUCCGCCGAGAGAAACUCGAAGACAAUAAGGAUCAUGGACAGCAGUACAAUUUCCGUGUCAUCUUCCGGACCAGUGAGCUGACCACAUUGAGGGGGUCCAUCCUGGAGGAUGCGGUGCCCUCCACUUCGAAGCAUGGCACAGCGCGUGGGCUUCCUCUUAAAGAGGUGCUGGAGUACCUUGUGCCAGAGCUCAAUGUACACUGCCUGCGCCUCGCCCUCAACACGCCCAAGGUUACUGAGCAGCUGAUGAAGCUAGAUGAGCAGGGGCUUAGCUUUCAGUUGAAGGUGGGCAUCAUGUACUGCAAGGCGGGCCAGAGCAGCGAGGAGGAAAUGUACAACAACGAGUCAGCAGGACCAGCCAUGGAGGAGUUCCUGCAGCUGCUGGGGGAGCGGGUUCGACUGAAGGGCUUCACCAAGUACCGGGCACAGCUCGACACCAAGACGGAUUCCACUGGGACCCACUCUCUCUACACGACAUAUAAAGACUAUGAGAUCAUGUUCCAUGUGUCCACCAUGCUGCCCUAUACGCCUAACAAUAAACAGCAGCUGCUGAGGAAACGUCACAUCGGGAACGACAUCGUGACCAUCGUGUUUCAGGAACCUGGGGCCCAACCCUUCACCCCCAAGAACAUCCGCUCCCAUUUUCAGCACGUCUUUGUAAUCGUCCGGGUACACAACCCCUGCUCAGACAACACCUGCUACAGUGUGGCUGUUGCUCGGUCCCGAGAUGUGCCUUCCUUUGGGCCUCCAAUCCCUAAGAACGUGACCUUUCCCAAAUCCACUGUGUUCCGGGACUUCCUGUUAGCUAAGGUCAUCAACGCGGAAAACGCUGCACACAAGUCGGAAAAAUUCAGGGCCAUGGCUACGCGCACACGCCAGGAGUACCUGAGGGACCUGGCUGAACGGCAUGUCACAAGUACCCCCAUCGACCCCUCGGGCAAGUUCCCCUUCAUCUCUCUGGCGUCCAAGCGCAAGGAGAAGAGUCGCCCGUACAGCGGGGCUGAGCUGCGCAGCUCGGGGUCCAUCUCCUGGCCGGUACAUGCCGAAGACUACAGCUGUGGCUCGGAGCUGGACUGCCUACUGGCCAUCUCCAACGAGUUCAUGGUUCUCAUCGACCAGGAGGCGAAGAGCGUGGUCUUCAACUGCUCUGUGCGCGACGUUAUCGGCUGGACCCUGAGCAGCCCCGCCUCCCUGAAGGUCUUCUACGAGAGAGGGGAGUGCAUCUCGCUGCGUUCAGUGAACAAUAACACCGAGGACUUCAGAGAGGUCAUCAAGCGCCUGGAGUUCCUGACAAAAGGGUGUGAGACCACGGAGAUGACGCUGCGGCGCAAUGGGCUGGGUCAGUUGGGCUUCCAUGUGAACUAUGAGGGCAUUGUGGCCGAAGUUGAGCCCUACGGGUAUGCGUGGCAGGCCGGGCUGCGCCAGGGCAGCCGGCUGGUGGAGAUCUGCAAGGUCGCGGUGGCCACGCUGUCUCACGAGCAGAUGAUCGACCUGUUGAGGACAUCGGUGACCGUGAAGGUGGUCAUCAUCCCGCCACAUGAUGAUGCCACUCCCCGCAGAGGCUGCUCUGAGAUGUACCGGAUGCCAGUGGUGGAGUACAAGGCCAAUAACGAGGGGGUGCCCUAUGAGUACAAGUUCCCUUUCCGGAACAACAACAAGUGGCAGCGCACAGCCUCCAGCCCUCAGCAGUCCCUCACCUCAUCCCCACAGAGCCAUGGGGGCACACCCAGCCGUGCUGUCUCUCUCGGGGGCAGCAUGGGCAAGGCCCAGCCUCCAGACAGGCCAGAAAGAGCUGGCAUCAUCCCUCGGAGCGUGUCUAGUGAUGGGCGCCCGCUCGACCCCAAAAGGUUCUCUCCUGGUUCUGAGAGUAACUACGCUCUGGUGUCCUCAAUUGUGAUGAGUCGUGCACAGCACAACAGGACUUCUCCCAGCAGCCUCUCCUACUCCAGUGAUACUGGCUCAGGAGGCAGCUCACACUGGCGCCAGAAAUCCAUGCCUGAAGGUGGAACCCGUGAAGACAGGUGCGCCAUUUCACUCCUGCUCCCUGACAGGUUUGGUGGCAGCCGGCACUCCCCUCUUUCGGUGGAUCGGCAGAGCACGGUGGAAAUGGGCAGCAGUGGCAAGAGCACCCCGAGCUGGCAGAGGACUGAAGAGGCAGGUGGCACUGGGACUGCUGCAGACAGAGCGCCAACAGAGUCUACAGCCACCAAGUCUGGGCCCCCUUAUCGUGAUCCAUCUAGUGCUCCACGUAUCCAGCGACAGGAGCAGGUCAUCCACCUCUCUCCUAACAAAAACAGCCAGCCAGAAGCUCCAUAUUCUAGCCACUCCAGCAGCAACACUCUGUCUAGCAACGCCUCCAGUGCUCACAGCGAUGAGAAGUGGUACGAGAUCGGAGGCGGGGCAGGCGAGAGGCCAGACGCGGAGCUCAACGGCUUCGGGGGCUACCUGCAGGGCGCGUCGGCGGACAGCGGGAUCGACACCACCUCAUACGGCGCCAGCCACGGCAGUGCCGUGUCCCUUCUCACCACUGGGGCUCCGGGUGCCAAAGAGAAGACCGGCUCCCCAUGGCAGAGCCCAGUGGAGGGGGGCCGGAGGGUACUGGAAAGAUCUCCCCCAGCCGCGGAGUCGCCUGUUCCUCCUGGCACUGCCACUGAAGGGCCUACGAAGAGCCCUUCCUCAUACCCUUUGGUACGGGACAACAGCACCUACAGCCUCAGCGAUGUGGCGUCACAUUCCAGCACUCUGAGCUCACGGCACUCGGGCAGCCCCGUGAUCCUGGGCUCCAGCCGCAGCUCCCCGCGAGAGGAGUCCAUUCCUGCCACCUCCCCCUCCUCCCAGUCCUCCCUGUCACCCGGCCCCAAGACCUUCUACCCCCGUCAGGGCGCCACCAGCAAGUACCUGAUUGGCUGGAGGAAGCCAGGGGGCACCAUCAACUCCGUGGGCUUUGGGGACACAAGAAAGCGACACCAAAGUGAUGGUCUGGAGGCUGGCAUGCCCCAAAUGCGCCCGUCUAUGAGGGACCUGCAUUCCCCACAGCGCUUGACCAAAUCCACAAUGGAGGAGGAUCUGAAGAAACUGAUUACCCUGGACAGCCCACCCCCUUGCAGAGAUGAGCAGCACAAGCCGUCGUUUCCCAGCACGCCUUCCUGCAGGCGAUCGAUCCACAGGACUCUGUCUGACGAGAGCAUCUACAGUGGUCAGAGGGACCCCACUUUCGGGGGCUCCCUGCUGGAGCAGGUGCUGCCCAAUGAUGUGCUGUUCAGCUGCUCCACAGUUCCCCGCUCCCCCACCACCAGAAAUAUGCCCCUCCGCCGCCCCUCAUACACCCUGGGGGUGAAGUCUUUGCAUGGAGACCUUUCUGCCUCGGACACCUCUCUGUCAGAGCUGCAUGACCGGAGAAGGCAGCCCCUGCAGGACCCCUGCCUCAUGCCUCUGCCAGACACCGAUACUGGCCUUGACUGGUCGCACUUGGUUGAUGCUGCAAAAGCUUUUGAAGACCAGCGAGCCUCAUUAUUUGCUGCUAAAGAAGUAAACCACAGACCUGAGAGUGCUGCGUCCAGCCCUCAGCAGCCAGAUCCUCAGCCUCAGUCUAGACAUUCCCCCAGUGAAAUUCCUUCCAGCCUCGCUGGGAAAGUGAGUCAGCUGGAAGCCAUGGUCAAAGUGCUUCAGGAAGAUUUAAAAAAGGAAAAAGAUGACAAAGCGCUUUUGCAAGCCCAGGUCCAGAGCCUCCGCGAGGACAACCAGAGGCUACAGGAGGAGUCUCAGAAUGCUUCGGCCAAACUGAAGAAAUUCACUGAGUGGGUUUUUAACACCAUCGACAUGAACUGAGCUGUGGAUCAAACAGACCGAGGGAGAACAGAGGCGCUGUCAGUGAGGGCUGGGUGUGAAGGAAAUGUCCUGUGGCUUCCAGAGAUGUAGAGGAAGACCCCUGGGCAUGAGGGGAAGUUGGAAAGAGAGCUAAGGCCUCUUAAUUUGAGGCACUAAUGUAUGUAGAUUUAUGGUAUGACUUAAAAAAUAAUUUAGAAAAGGUUCUUUUGAGGCCUAUUACUUGUUUCCAAAUGGAAAAUAGCUGAAUGUGAAAGGCCGCAAACUCUGAAGAUUGUCUCUGUUAUUUACAAUAUAAGCCUUUCACCAGAAGGUUUCUUUUUCAAGACUGCUCAGUAAGUUCUUCUUUUAUUUUGCACCUGAUCAUUACAGGAAUGAAUGGUAAAUUACAUACAAAUUGGUUCACAAAACUGUUAUGGAAGUAUCCCACUGGUAAUUCCUCAAAAGCUGGAUUGUUCACUCUUCCGUUCAUCAUAAAGUUCAAAGUUGUUUUUGUUGGCAAACCUAUUACUGUGUUUUCCUUCAUUCUUAUCAGCAGCACGUCUGGAAGAUAAACUGUUCCUUGGGACAGCUUACAUCAAGCUCUCUCACUGUGGGAGCUGCCUUUUUCUCUGUUAACGUGGAGUUUUGGAUCCCCCUAAACUCUUUCUAAAAAUGGCAGAAAGUCUUUCAGCCAAUGAGAUUGCAACAAGACAGAGAAACCUCAGACAUGACUAAAUGACAUGCAAAUGUUGCCUGGUUGCUUUUUUACAUCCGCAGUUUUCUGCUACGAUAAUUUCAGUGUGAAGAAAAAUGACCAGACGUUUUCCAGCUUCCAGACACGGGUCAUUGUAGAAUGUUGUGCAAGCUCAGAGGACUUGUUGCUGGCAGCCACAGGGUCUUGUGUUUUUAAUAGUACAACAGGAGGGAAUAUUUUUGUAUAUUUUUUUCUUUUUUGUUGAAGGUGUUCUUAAACACAUGAUUAGAGCAAUUUAUUUCUUGAUACAUGUCUGAUGAUGCAGGCAGAAAAAAGCUGCUAUGACAUUCUGAAUUUUUUAGGAAAGAUAAAGGAGAAUAUCUAAUGCCCUCUGCAGUUUUGGGCAACAUGUUAAGGCUUUCUUGGCCUCAGUACAUUGAGGUGUGACGUGGCCAGUGCAAUGCCCCAUUGGCUUAGACUGCAGCUGUUUUUAGUGAUAUGUUUGACUUCACAAUUUUUUUGGGUGCAUUCCUGCUGUACAUUCCAGCUGUACAGUUCUGCAUUGCUCUCCAGCUUCUCAUGUCACAUAAACAACAAAAACGUUCCAGUUCACAUUAUUGCAUUUUUUUGUGCAAAAAAAUAUUGUUUUGGGUGCCAUAUAGUAAAAUGAUGAUGAUGCUAAUCAAGGCUAUAAUUGGUAAUUAAAUUGUAAUGGUAAUUUAAAUCUUAAAAAGCAAUAGCAGAGGAGCUUCUUGUUAUCAUUUUCUUUUUCUUGAGAGGGGGUUACUUUACAGUUCUAGGACUAUUUUAUGCCAACAGGUUGCUCUAGUGUUACAUCUGUUUUUCAGUAGUACGUGAAAGAAACUGUGCCAGCGCAUCUCAGUGGUCUGUGGUAUCAUUCUGAAGGAGGUAAUGAAUUGAAAGUGUCCUUUGUCAGUACUUCAGUAACGAAUGUUGAUAUUUGACUUUUAAUACAGUAUAUGGAUAAGCUAGUUAUGGAACUUAUCAUUUUCAAAUGUAUUUUUUGUAUUCUAAACAAAAAAGAUAUCUGGUUCUAACAUGUAAAGCUUCAAAUAAUGUCUAAAAUAAAAGAAAAGUGAUUUUAGAUGGAUCAUUGGUAUAAUCUAAAUGGAUCUUAUUAUCAAAAAAUGUUUUUAGUAUGUUUGCAAUAUUUGUAGUUGUGCAAUUCCUGUCUUAAGAUGUUAAAACGGAUGCACCAUAUAUUGACAUAAAAAAUAUGUACUGUGCUCUAUAAAGGUCAAAAUGGUUAAAAAAAAUCUAAAUUGAAUAUCUUUUAAAUCCACAGAGAAAUAUCUGAUCCUUGCAAGGUUGAUAACACUAAUCCUGGUUGAUAUCCUUGUUUUGUCUCAGCUCGAAAUCAUACAUUGACGUUCUCGGAACAGCUGUUGUUACAACAAGUCUGAUAUCACUGCAGUUUGAUUUUAUUUCAUGUGACAUGAUAAAACCAUUGAGUGCUUUUAAGAUGAAGGCAAAAGUUGAAGCUUUAUUUUCCCAUUCAUAAUUAUCUCCGCCAAAGUUCUUUACUGCUUUAAGUGGCAAAUGUCUCCUUUCUGGAGAUCAGGAGCUGGAUAUGCUUCACUGGAGUGUGGAUGUGUCAUCUUGUAGUUUUCUGUUUAGGGCUGUGAUAGAAAAUACAGUUGUCUCUAGGCAGAACUGAUGAAAAACUUCAAAAGGUCAUGUGGGUCAGAGAGACAGAUAAUAUUAUAUUUUGUUGUGUGGAAUCCAACUGAGUUAUGUUGUUUUUCAGAGGGUUCCUGACAUCUAAGCCUGUAACAGCACUUUCUCAGAACGGUUAAAAUUGGUUCCUAUUCCGUAAGUCACUGGCUGAGCUUUGUCUUUAGCCAGCUGUGACUGGGAUUUCCUUUGUGGCAGGUCACAGCUGGCCUGAACCAUUUUCCAUUUCCUUUGGCUGCAGUACACAGCUUGCUGUGUUGUGGCAGCUCCUGUGGCUCUCAAGGUGUGUGGGAUCAAGCAGUGUUCCUGGAGAGACCUGCAGCUCCUCUGUUCAAUGGCGACUUCACCACAGAGGGGUGAAGGCUGGCAGGGUGUCCUGAGAGUGUGUACAUCGGGGGAACCACACGUUUUCUUCCCUCCUGUGCCGUGUUGAAGGAGGAAGCGUGGUUGAUUAACAGCUGGAGAUUCCAAAAUUGGGGGAGGGGGCUACGUUACAAAAAUUGAUAUAUUUGAUUAAAUCAAAUGAAAACAUUUUUUGUUCUCCGUGGUCAUUAGAAUAGACGUUCUAAAGUUAAGUAAGGAAGAAGUUCAUUAUGGUGGGACUUGGCUUGUCCUGGCCAUUGAUUGUCAUAAGACUACCGCACAAACUCUGCGGCACUCUGAAAACUUCACUUGUAACUCUAAUAUCUCACCAGAAUUGUCACCAAUAUAUCGGAACUGAAGUGCUUUCAUCACUUAUUCAUUCAAACUGUGGUGACUGGAGUCACAUGAAUCAAAAAUGAGGAAAAAUAUUUGUGUGGCAUUUAGUCAGGUGAUUUUCUCCUUACAUUGUGCCUUCAGUCCUGUGAAUCUGCACCUUGUGAAAAAAGCAAUCAUGAUGACUCUAGAUACUAAUGUACUGUAAACUCUUCCACAGGGGGUGCUUUCAUUUCAUUUAUACUGUGGACCACAGGCAGGGGAAUAAAGGCCUGUCCCUCAAUUUGAAUUUCAAGGCAUGUUUGAUCAAUUUAUGCACUCUAACAUUUGGCAUGUUUUUGUCAUGUCUUUUAACCUGCGUUGUCUUGCUUUCUUUUUAAAGACACCUUGAAAAUUCAAAGAAAUCGUUUUUUUUAUCUGUUACUAUUUAAUUGAUUUUAAAUAAUUUGCCAACACUGUUAAAAGAACACCUUCUUUAUAUUCUCAGCCCACAGACAAUGUUAGGGCAGGAUCCAACGCCUUUAAGCAAUAUUAUAAAAAAGGAUCUGUCUCUCAUGACAUAUUUUCUACUUAUCUUGGGCAGCCCUCAAAUGAGCAGGUCAAUGAAUUUUUUUGUUAUCCAGACCUUAGAGUGUAAAGGGUUGUGAUAUAUCCUGUUACAAAGCAUUCCUUGAUAUACUGUAUUCUUUAGAAAAAAAGUCAGGAAUUACAAAAUUCCAUUUCCUUUUACAUUUAAUCCCAGUAUAUGAAAUGGAAAAGGUCCAAAAUGUAAAUAAUCCCAGGCUGAAUUUUAAACAUUUAGGAUGAAAGCUGAUGAAAUUGAAAUUGUGAGAUGGGAAUCUAAAAAUGGUGGUGUUCUUGAAACAGACAUAAUUGUUAUAGUAGAAGAAAGAGUAGGUUUGGGACUGGGAAUUAUUUUUCUUUUCUGAUUCUUCUUAAAAGAUACUUAAUCCAUUCUUUUGCUGAAAUGACAAGAAGUGUCAGGAGUGUUCUGUCAUGGUGGCCACAACUGACCAAGUUUAUUCAUUUCACCAGACUGCUUUCCCCUGCUGCUGCGUUGAAUAAGCACUCAAGGAGCAGUCAUCAGGUACUGAAUGUAGAGAGCAGUUCAUCUUUAAGACAUUUAAAGCAGCUUGGGUUUGGAGGGCAAAGAAGAACAAUAGUCUUAGUUUCUCUAUAAAGCCAAUGGCCCUGAGGAGAUAAAUUGUUCAUUUGUAAAGCAGAGAAGAUGAUGGAAUUUUUCUGGACUUGUAAAAGAUCCCAUGUGGGGUUUGAGUAACUGGGGUAAGAACAGAGAGAAGAUUGGCAAAAAGUCAUCUCAAUAAUUAGUUUUUAGUUCUUUUGAGCCAACUAUAGAUAUUCCCUAUUUAUUUCUUUAUUUCAGUUUUUUGCAACUGUGGAUUUGUUUGUGGUUUAAACUGGUGACCCAACAGGCCUCGUUAAAUAACCUUAUCUCCAGUGUAUGCUGUUUUGCUGCAAUGCUCAUGUAGAAAUAUCUGCUAUAUAUAACCAUGCUUGUAAUAUAACAUAAGCACACAGCUCAACAGUAGUCAUGAAUCACAUUCAGCCCACACAAGUGAAAAACAAGACUGCAAAAAGAUCUGUUUUGUGGGUUUGUUUUUGUAUUGGUUGCUAUUAUUUCUGUUGAUAUGAGAGUAAAGAUAGCCAAAAGCAGAUAAAGAAUUGAAAUGCCAAGUGCAGAGCAUUUUAAUAAGCCCAACAUACUGUAGGCAACUGUUCAACUGGGUUUGUUAUCCUGUAAUGCUAAUGUGUGUUUUUUUUAAUUCUGACAAAAAAAACAUUUACAGCAUUUACAGCAUACGACACAUUAAAAGCAUGGAUUAAAGACACGAAUAUAACAAAUUGGUAAUAAUUUGCAGUAUUGUUUGGUAAAUUAAAAAUAUCAAAAUGGACUAAUAUUAGAAAACUAUUCCACUGGGAAAAUGCUGUUUUCACAAAGAAUUUGUGUUCACUAUACAUAUUUUAUAACAUUUUGUGAAACUUCCUAUUAAAAAAAACAUACAGUAGCUUCAUUCACUGAGUAAAUACAUAAUAACUAUAUAUUUACUGAAUAAUUGUAUUGUUAUAAAAGCUUUGAGGAUACUUACUGUACUUGCAAUACAGGCUCUGGCUGACACUGAAGUUAGGCAGCACUGCAGAAUUUUGCACUGCAGUGUGUACUACAGGCUCUGCCAAGAAUGUUUUCAUGUUUAAAAAAACAUGAAAAGUAAUCUUCAGAAAAUGACUUGGGGGGUGGGGGGGAAUUCAGGUUUCAUAAAAACCACAUGUCCAUGGUAUGGAAUCUUCUCACUUCUAUAAUUGUUGACCAAGAGUGAUGAAAGUUUCUUAGAGCAAUGGUUCUGUUCUAGGAAUCAUAACUCUGCUAAAGACCGUUAUUUUCUCUACAGACUACUGACACUUCUCUUCUAGGAGCGUGGAGUUUCACAGGUCUUUCAUUUUGAAGGUUGUCCAGAUUAAGAAUUAUUAGGUUGAACUGUUUUUUUCAUAUUCCAUAUUGCCAUUUGUAAAAUGUGACAAAGCACCUUACAACUUUAUUUCAAUGAGAAGCAAUCAUCUUUUGAAGAAGUGAGCUUUCCUGUUUUUAGUGAUCGAGUUAUUUCUUAAUAGACCUAAAACUUACAUGAUUUACAGCUGUUGAUUUGUUCAGUUGCAUUUGCAAGGGUGAUCUGCCUUUCUGUUGAAAUAGAAUCAAAAUUGCUAAAAAAAAAGAAAUGUGAAUGUUUUCCUGUUUUUACUUUUCUUUGCACAUUGUCAGUUUUGUACAAAUGAUUAUUAAAAGCUAAACUUUUGUGGAA